GAGAGAGAGAGAGAGAGAGAGAGAGAGAGAGAGAGAGCGAGCCAGCCCAUACCUGACAUUGCUGAAAUGCCAAGAGACCAGAUAAACUAUAGGCCCGAGGGCGAAACCUAUUACUAUUAUUUAGCUGAAGGACAUAACAAUAAAUGACCUGUAAUGACAUACUGCUAUACCCAUAGAUGAGUACAUCACUCAACCUGCAUCAGGGAAGCUUCUUGUACUCGAUGGGAAUUAACACAGAGACUCACAACAGGACAAUGUGCUGAUGGUGAGGGACUCUGGCGGGCUCAGCCCUAAAAGGGAUGUCUUCAUCAAACCCCUCCCCUCAGGGCUCAGGGGUCUAUAACAAAAGAGGAGGCAGAAAGAUUCUAAAAGCCAGAGGUGGUAAGUAGAUGACUCCAUCCAGGGAAGCAGUAUCUUCCAGACUCAAGAGGGCUGACGCACGUAAGAACUCACAGAGACCACCACCACAGCGCGCAGAAGACCAGCGUAAGCUUAACACAGACGGAGGGCCGGUAAGGAGGAAGGAAGGUGGACAGGAAGUCCCACCCCUAGCCGAGGAACCGUCAGCAUUGGAUUGCUGUGUGGAAAGGGAAAGUCAGCUUUCUCCAAUGGUACCACACUCCCGAGCUACCCCAUGCCCAGGUGUCGUUGGCUAACAAAUGAAACUGGCCGUGUAAAAUCCAGGGACGGGAGAAUGCCCAGGAUGGGAACGCGCGUGGUCAUGGCGGUUGUGACGCGGAGACCUGGGAUCGCGAACCGCCGCCGGCUCCGGUCCCCAUGGCGUCCACCUCCUGUGCCACCGCAAAACCCUCGCAGAUCCUGGUCCUCGACCCGCCUAAGGUCCUCAGGUUCAGAGGUCCCUUCACCACCGUCGUCAUCACGCAUCUUAAACUGCACAACCCGUCACUGAGGAAAGUGUGCUUCAAGAUGAAGAGCACCAACCCUCGCUGCUACUGCGUGCGUCCCAACAGCGGCGUCGUCGAGCCGGGCUCCACAGUGACCGUCGCCACCAUGCUGCAGCCCUUCCGCUUCGACCCCAGCCGGGAGGUGAAGCACAAGUUCAUGGUGCAGACAAUGUUUGCUCCCCCGGACAAUCCGGAUCUGGGGACCGUGUGGAAGAAGGCGAUCCCCGGUGAAAUCGUGAAUUCGAAACUGAGGUGUGUGUUUGAAAUGCCAAAAGAGUCUGGAAAAGGGGACGAAAGCGUGAGACUCAGAAAGCCAGCGCAGCCCAACAAUCCCAGGGUCGCCUCCACCACAUCCUUGAAGAAGAGUCGCACCACGCCUCUUCCGGUUGUUCUGCUUAUGAUUGGAGCAGUUUUAAUUGGCUUCUUUCUGGGGAAAUUUAUCAUGUAGAGUGAGGCACAACGGUAUCCCCCCCCCACCCCAAUUUAGAUCAGAAACAAUAACAAUAACGACAACAACAAAACAUCUUUUUACCCAUCAUCACAUGGGAAGUAUGAUUCGUGGUGACCAACUUUGUGUGUGUGUAUAGUGUCACAAAGGCUUCGCCUCUGAUGAUCUCUUGUGGUUGGAGGAGGCAAUAAAAAAAAACACAACAAACAAAAAAACUGUUGGGCUGCUGGACACAUUGUAUAUUAUCAGAUGAUCGCAAGUCAGUCACUCAUUCCUGC